CCCUCUCCUCCAAGCAGCCUCUCCAUCCUGGGCUGCUGGAGGAGCCCCCCAGUUUCCCCCCUAUUUCCCCCCUCCCCAAAUCAAAACACCUCCUUGGGGUCAACAUGGCCGAAGAGGGCGAAGACCUGCGCUCCUUCACCUCCAUCAUGGAUGCCCUCGUCCGGAUAAGUACCAGCAUGAAGAACAUGGAGCGGGAGCUGCUCUGCCCGGUCUGCAAGGAGAUGUACAAGCAGCCGCUGGCGCUGCCCUGCCUGCACAGCGUGUGCCACAUCUGCGCCACGGAGGUGCUGCUGCAGCAGGGAUACAUCUGCCCGGACCCCAACUCCGAGCCCUCCUCCCCGGCCUCCUCCCCGGCCGCACGCAGCCCCCGCAUCGGGCGCCGCGUCGUGCCCAAGACCGAGCGCCUGGACCGCCUCCUCAAGUCCGGCUUUGGGACCUACCCCGGUCGCAAGCGGGGCGGCCUGGGCUCUCCGUCCGGAGCCUUGACCGUGCUGUUCCCGUGCCCGUCGUGCCAGCGCGAGGUGGACCUGGGCGAGCGCGGCCUGGGCAGCCUCUUCCGCAACCUGACGCUGGAGCGGGUGGUGGAGCGCUACCGGCACACCAUCGACGUGGGGUCGGCCAUCCUGUGCCAGUCGUGCAAGCCGCCGGCCCAGGAGGCCACCAAGGGCUGCACCGAGUGCAAGUCCAGCUUCUGCAACGAGUGCUUCAAGCUCUACCACCCGUGGGGCACCCAGAAGGCCCAGCACGAGCCCACCCCGCCCACCCUCAACUUCCGCCCCAAGGGCUUGACCUGUCCGGAGCACCGGGAGGAAGUGACGCACUACUGCAAGACCUGCCAGCGCCUGGUCUGCCAGCUCUGCCGCGUCCGGCGCACCCACACCGGCCACAAGAUCACCCCCGUGGCCAACGCCUUCCAGGCCCUCAAGGAGAAGUUGACGAAGAGCCUGACGUAUAUCCUGAGCAACCAAGACACCGUCCAGGCCCAGAUCAGUGAGCUGGAGGAGACGCUGCGGCUGACGGAGGCAAACGGGGUGCAGGCCAAAGAGGAGGUGGGUCGCCUGAUGCGGGGUCUGGUGGCUCUGCUGGAGGAGAAGCAGGCCAGCCUGCUGGGCGCCAUCGAGGAGUGCCGGCAGAGCCGCCUCCAGAGCCUGCGUGCCCAGUUGCACCAGCACCGCUCCAUGGAGGAGAACUCGGGGAUGGUGGGCUACGCCCAGGAGGUCCUCAAGGAGACCGACCAGCCCUGCUUCGUCCAGGCCGCCAAGCAGCUCCACCACAGGAUCGCCAGGGCGGUGGACUCCCUGCAGACCUUCCGUCCGGCGGCCUCAGCCUCCUUCAGCCACUUCCAGGUGGACCUCAGCCGAGAGAUGAAGCUCCUGGCGGACCUCACCUUCGUCAAAGCCCCGGAGGCCCCCGUCAUCGACACGCAGCGCACCUACGCCUACGACCAGAUCUUCCUCUCCUGGCGCCUCCCGCAGCACUCCCCGCCCGCCUGGCACUACGCCGUGGAGUUCCGCCGCGCUGAGCCCAAGGGGAAGGCCCUCAAGCUCUGGCAGCGCCGAGAAGAAGUGCGCGGAACCAGUGCCGCCGUGGAGGUGGUAGAGGCCGGUGGGCUCGGGGCCGUCUACGUCCUGCGCGUCCGUGGGUGCAACAAGGCCGGAUUCGGGGAGUACAGCGAGGAGGUCUACCUGCACACCCCACCUGCACCAGUGCUGAACUUCUUCCUGGACAACCGCUGGGGCUUCAACCGGGAGCGGCUGGCCAUCAGCAAGGACCAGCGGGCGGUGCGGAGCGUGCCGGGUUUGCCCAUGCUGAUGGCGGCCGAGCGGCUGAUGACGGGCUGCCACCUCUCGGUGGACCUGGUCAUCGGGGACGUGGCGGUCACCCAGGGGCGCAGCUACUGGGCGUGCUGCGUGGACCCCAGCUCCUACCUGGUCAAGGUGGGCGUGGGCCUGGAGAGCAAGCUGCAGGAGUGGUUCCAGGUGCCCCAGGACGUGGCCAGCCCCAGGUACGACCCGGACAGCGGCCACGACAGCGGAGCGGAGGACACCACGCUGGAGGCGUCUCCUCCCUUUGCCUUCCUGACCAUCGGCAUGGGCAAGAUCCUGCUCUCGGCCUCCCGCGACCCGGGCUCGUGCACGGUGCCGCUUCCCCCGCGGGUGGGCAUCUGCCUGGACUACGAGCGCGGGAAGGUCUCCUUCCUGGACGCCGUCUCCUUCCGCAGCCUCUGGGAGUGCGGCGUCGACUGCUCCGGCCCCGUCUGCCCCGCCUUCUGCUUCGUGGGCGGGGGCGCCCUCCACCUCCAGGAGAUGGUGGCCGCGCGCCAGGAGCGCAAGGUCACCAUCGGGGGGUUCGCCAAGAUGGACUGAGACCCCCGCCCCAGCCCCUCACCCUGGCCGGAGGUCUCUGUCCUGGUGGCAACCAGCACGAGGGGGGCCCCCUCGGAAGAAGAAAGUCAACCCUUGGUCAGGCC